GUGUUGGGGUGCCAUUCACAAUAAAUGUGCUAUACACAGAGCAGGUGCAUUGCCAUGCGUUGUGUUAUUGUACAUGUUUUGGCGCACCUUGGCACAACGCACAAGUGUGAAUGUGGAGUUCAUGACCAGGGGCGGACUGACCAUUUGGAAACUCGGGCACUGCCCGAGGGCCCGGGGUCAGUAGGGGGCCCCAUGAGAUGCCCCUGGUACCUUUUUCAUAGGCUUUUUUGAGUUUGGGCAAGGACACAGGGGCCCCAUGAUCCCCUAUUGCCUGGGGGCCCCAUGAGUUGUCAGUCCG